UCUCCCUCCCCAAAUAGAUUUCCCUUCCGAUGCCUAAGCAUGGGAUAUUAAAUGUACUCAUAAUCGCCUUUUAAAAAUAGAUAAUGACUUAGCAGGUAAUAUUCUAAUUUCUCUACCUGCACAGGUAAGUAAAACCGCUACUUUCGGUUUAUUAUCUUGACUUGAGUUCUUGUUCUUGUUCGAGGGGUGAUGGGUAACAAGCCUGUGAAACAGCGAUGGAUAGACGCCAAGAAUAGAUUUGUUGAAAGACGGUCUAGAUCUACGAAUUACGAAAACACACUCGUUAACGCAAAGCCUGAGGAAGAAGGAGAGUAUGCCAAACUGGCAGUUAGCGGUGUAUAUGAGGAGAUUCGUCGUUUAAAGGUUAGAGAUGAGCUGUUUGUGGUGGCCAUAGAUAUCGGGACAUCGUCUUCCGGGUAUGCUAUCUCUGUGUACGAUGAGUAUAAACGGGAUCCUCUACAAAUCAGCACUUUCAGCUGGAAGUCAAAGACAGACGGAUUCCAGCACUUCAAGACACUGUCUGCCGUUCUGAUGAAUCCGGACGGAGAAGUUCGGAGCAUUGGGUAUGAUGCAGAGUACCAUUACAUCAAUAUACUAUCAGAUCACGAACGCCAGGAGUGGUUUUAUUUCCAGAAUUUCAAGAUGAGGCUGUAUGAUCAAAAGAUAUCUCGAGAUCUUAUUCUUCAUGACGUUAGAGGAAAGCCCCAAAAAGCACUGAAGGUAUUUUCCUCCAUCAUAAAAGGGUUAAAGGAAGAUUUUGCAAGCCGACUGGAGGAACGAGUUAGUCAUUUUGGAGCAAAUUGUGUCGAUGAAGAGGUUCACUGGGUCCUUACUGUUCCCGCGAUAUGGGACGAGAAGGCCAAACAAUUUAUGAGAGUUGCAGCACAAGAGGCUGGAAUUUUAAACGACAAGCUUUCCAUCGCCCUGGAGCCGGAAGCAGCGGCCCUCUACUGCCGUUAUUUGCCGAUAGAGAAACUCUCUGGAUCGGAUUGUGACGAUGGAAAAUCCAAACUGAUGACAUUCUCCCCUGGAGCUCAGUAUCUUAUUGUUGACCUUGGGGGAGGAACGGUGGACAUUACUGUACACAAGAUACAAUCCGACGGUGCUAUACAGGAAGUGACAUCAGCCUCAGGCGGCGACUGGGGGUCUCUGGCUAUAAAUGACGAGUUCAUCAAAUUUAUGGAGGAUCUAACAGCACCCGAGAUCAUGAGGACCAUCCAACGAUCGCACCCCGAUGAUUUUCUGACUUUUAUGUCGGCUUUCGAAAACAAAAAGAGGGUUUUCUCAAAAAGCGACGAAAGAGUAAUUCUCCAGAUCCCGCAGUCCAUUCGUGAUAUAAUGUGCGAGAAACUUGGCAAGUCUAUGGAAAGCCACAUCGAGGAAAUUAAUAGAACACAGGAUGUGAAACUUCAGCGUGACAAAAUGUUUAUUUAUAACGAAGCUUUCACUAGUCUUUUGAAUGGCACGAUUGAGAAAAUAAUUCUCCAUGUGCAUGCCAUACUUGAUUCGCACAAACUCAGCGUAGACAGUAUUGUUCUUGUAGGUGGGUUUGCAGAAUGUGAUCUACUAAAGUCGACUUUUAAAACAUCAUUUCCGAAAACUAGAAUAAUUGCUCCGGAUGAUCCUGUCCUUGCAGUGCUGAAAGGUGCCGUAUUAUUUGGAAGAAAUCCCCAUGUUUUGCGGGCGCGGGUUUGUCGCUAUACAUAUGGGGUUUGCACCACUGUUGAUUAUAUCGAAAACCGUUUUCCUUCAAGUAAAAAGAUCAUUCUUGGAGGGAAAGCGCUCGCAAAAGACGUUUUUAACAUUCAUAUACAAGCAAAUGAGACGGUUCAUAUUGGGCAAAGAGGUAACGAGAAGAGAUACUUUUUAAACAGGGAUGACCAAGAUCGAUUACAUCUUGAAAUUUUUGCCACGAAGAACAGAGACCCUAUGUUUGUUACAGAUGAAGGGGUGGUUUAUUUAGGAAUGCUAGACAUCAUGGUUCCGAAGUUACAGACACAGUCCGCAGACAAACGUCACUUCCUCGUCAGUUUCCUAUUGGAUGGCACGGAGAUGGAGGUGGUAGCUGUUGAUUCUGCAACAAAUACAACAACAGCGACCAAAUUUGAUUUCAUUGGUUAAAAAUAUCCAAGUCAAUUGACGAAUGUACGGUAGAUACUUUCUUUGAUCACAGUAAAUGCCGAUACUCUUGCAUUUAUUAAUGAUACAGAAGAAAGUAUACUGUAUUGAUGGCUGUUUAGAUCCUAUUGCUUAGCAAUGGGUCAAGAACUACUCUAUGUGUACAAAGUAAAAUAGAUGAUAUUUUUAAAAAAAAUGAAUAAAGGUCCUGGUUCUCUGAUAAUUGUAAUGGUAUUAGGUAUAAGUUUAUAAAUACUAGUUACAUAGAGCAUUGCCGUGGCUGCUUUUUAUUAUAUGUAGAGCUUUGGUGUUUUCAUUGCGUUAGAGACCAGUCAAUAUUUAUCGGGGAGUUGGGACCGGUGCAAAAUGCAAUAGGACACACAUUUGUUUGGCUUGCAUACUUUUUUUUAAAAUUUCAACACUGAUAGGAAGUAAUAUUUUUUAUUGCAAAUGUAUCAAUGGGUAAAAAAAGAUAUAAAAUAGUAUUUCAAACUUUUUAAAAAUUCAAAUCCUAGAACUUGUCUAUCGUACAAACAAUAAUGCUGAAUUGUAUGCAUGCUUUAUUUCAUGUCCUAGUUGAAUAUACUAGAGGCAAUUUGCAAUGAAAUACUGGACCUUUGAAAUUUUUUAAUAUCAAAACAUGUCAUUAACAUUUAUAUUGUCUUGAUAGGGAUAAUAAAGAGAAUAUAAUUAU